GACAUAAUAUUUGCCGCCGUGGACAACCCAUCCAACGCGGUGGAGUGGGCGCUCGCAGAGAUGACAAACAUGCCCGAGGUGAUGCGGAAGGCGGUGGAGGAAAUCGACCGGGUGGUGGGCCGAGAGCGGUUGGUGCAGGAGUCGGACAUCCGACGCCUCACCUACGUCAAGGCAUGCAUUCGUGAGGCAUUCCGGCUGCACCCCGUCGCACCCUUCAACGUGCCACACGUCGCGCUCGCUGACAGCAACAUUGCCGGCUACCGUGUGCCCAAGGGCAGCCAUGUCUUACUCAGUCGUAGGGGACUUGGCCGGAACCCGGCUAUCUGGGACGAGCCGCUACACUUCAAGCCAGAGCGUCAUAUUAAUACCGCAGCCCACAACGACGUCACCCUCACGGAGAAUGAGUUGCGGUUCAUCUCCUUCAGCACCAGCCGCCGUGGGUGUGUGGCGGCGUGGCUUGGCACAACCAUGUGUGUAAUGCUCUUCGGACGGCUACUGCAGGGAUUCACAUGGACCAAGCCAGCGGGUGUAGCAUCUAUCGAUCUCAGUGAGCCGGAGCACGAUUUAUUCCUAGCCAAACCGCUUGUGCUGCACGCCGAACCACGCCUGAUGGGACAUGUCUACCCCGGUGGCCGAUGUUGAACAAAUUAAUAUGUUGCUGCCAAUAACGAGCUACAUGAACGUGGCUGUACCCUUACACAAUUGUUAACGAUGACGAAGUGUCAUGGAUGUAGGUUUCACAUCGUGGAUUGCAGGCCCAGGU